AUGCUUUUUACCAUUAGCAAUGAAUUCAAGCAUGGAAAAAGAUAUGAUGAUGCAUUGCAUUACUUAGAUCGAGCUCUCAACAUACGAGAAACUCACUUGCCAUCAACUUAUGACCAAAUUGCUCGUCGCAUCAACGGCAUUGGUCUUAUUCACGAUGAACAAGAAAAAUAUAAUGAAGCUCGCCAGUAUUAUCAACGAGCAUUAGACAUCACAGAGAAAUUCAAUGCAUCUGCUUAUGAUGAUAUUGCUGUUCUACUCAGUAAUAUUAGUCUUACAUUUCAGCGGCAAGGAGAUUAUGUUAAAGCAUUCAAUUUUCGAAAUCGAUCACUUAAAAUACGAGAAACCCAUCUUUCAUCAAAUCAUUUACAAAUUGCCGAUGGUCUUAACGAACUCGGUCAUAUUCUCUUAGCACAAAAAAAAAUACGACCAAGCUCUUUGUUCUUAUAA